AUCACUCUCGAUGCGAACGGAGUUUUGUCAGGUCCGUCUAUGUUGAGUUCAUGGGUCCGCGGCUUUCUCCCUGUCCGCGAGGUGCUGAUCAUGAAGCAGUAGCCAUUUUGAAACACAAAUCGUUCACAGUACACCCGCCCUGAAACCUGGAACUAUGCCGCGGGGCCGGCCUCGAAAACUGAGGGAUAAAACCACCAACGGAGCAGCAGACCUCUCCGAGCAGAAGGCUGACAGCUCCAGUCAUGGAGAGACCAGGGACAUCAGGUGCUCUGUGUGUUCCCAGAGCUUCAGCACUGAGAGCCAGCUACAACGGCACCACAGAGAACACCAGGCCAACGACAAGCCUCAUCGCUGUGACCAGUGUCCUCAGACGUUCAACGUGGAGUUCAACCUCACCCUCCACAAGUCGACGCACACCACCUCCAACCCCACCUGCCCCGUGUGUCAGAAGAGGUUCUCGCGCGUGGCCAGCCUCAAGUCCCACAUCAUGCUGCACGAGAAAGAGGAGAACCUGAUUUGCACCGAGUGCGGGGAUGAGUUCAUCCUGCACAGCCAGCUGUCUCUCCACCUUGAGGAGCAUCGGAAGGAGCUGGCCGGCAUCAAGGUGUACUCCUGCAAGACCUGCGGCAAGGACUUCAAGAUGGCCGCUCAGCUCAAGGAGCACAUGAAGAUCCAUGUCAAGAUGAGGGCAUUCACAUCAAAUUCCAGAAACUACAAGAAGAACAUAGAUCGCAGUGGAUUCACCAAUCGUUGUCAGCACUGCGGGAAGACCUUCAAAAAGCCCAGUCAACUGGUCCGGCACAUCCGCAUCCACACUGGCGAGAGACCCUACGUUUGCCCCAACUGUGGGAAGUCCUUCAACCAGAAGGUGGUUCUGCAGACCCACAUGGUCAGGCAUACCGGGGAGAAACCACACCUCUGCAUGUUCUGCCCUGCCUCCUUCUCCCAGAAGGGCAACCUGCACUCCCACGUACAGAGAGUCCACUCCGAGGCUAAGGGGGUGCCUCUUUUCCCUUGCAUGGACUGCAGCUGCGUGUUCAAGAAGCUCGGCAGUCUCAACGCCCACAUCAGCAAAAUGCACAUCUCCAUCAUAGACGAGCCGUCCAACACACAGGAGGUGGAGGAGACGUGUGGGGGGGGCGCGGGGUCAGAGGGCAGCGAGGUGGUGACCGACGUGAUCCAGCAGCUUCUGGAACUCUCCGAGCAGGUGGCCGGGGAGAGCUCCCAACCACAGCCCCAGGAACAGGCCAUCACUAUGGAGACCGCCAUCAACCAAGACAUCUUGCAGCAAGCCCUGGAGAACAGCGGGCUCAGCGUGGUCCAGUCUCAGAGCGGCCACGCCACCGGGGGCGCUGUCUCGGACGGCAAGAAGCUGCCCGGCCACGAGAAACCUGCCAAGAAGGAAAAGAGGAACAUCUUCAAGAAGCCUGUUCAGAUGCCAGGAUCCAUCAGAGAGGAGAACGGCGUGCGCUGGCAUUGUUGCCCCUACUGCUCCAAGGAGUUCCGGAAGCCCAGCGACCUUGUGCGCCACAUCCGGAUCCACACCCACGAGAAGCCCUUCAAGUGCAAGCAGUGCUUCAGGGCGUUUGCGGUGAAGAGCACCCUGACGGCCCACAUGAAGACCCACCUGGGCAUCAAGGCCUUCAAGUGCCAGUUCUGCCUCAAGUGCUUCUCCACCUCGGGCAGCAUGAAGGUCCACAUGAGACUUCACACAGGAGUGCGUCCCUUCCCGUGCCCGCACUGCGAGAAGAUCUUCCGCACGUCGGGCCACAGGAAGACGCACAUCGCCUCGCACUUCAAGAGCUUGCAGCAGAGGAAGCACAAGUUCCCCCGCAAGACUCACAAGACAAAGGUGUCCAAGAGCAGCUUGCCCCUGCCGGACAUACCCUUGCAGGAGCCCAUUCUCAUCACCGACCUCGGUCUGAUCCAGUCCCAGAAUCCCCGUCUGUCUCUGCAGCACUACCUGGACAUGGUGGACAGCGACCGGCCCUACAAGUGCCUCUACUGCAGCAAGGCUUACAAGAAGUCCAGCCACCUCAAACAGCACGUCAGGUCUCACACGGGCGAGCGGCCGUACAAGUGCCUGCAGUGCAGCAAGGGCUUCGCGUCGUCCGGUGUGCUCAAGGCCCACAUCCGUACGCACUCGGGCCUCAAGGCCUACAAGUGUCUGAUGUGCGACACCACCUUCACCACCAGCGGCAGCCUGCGGCGUCACAUGACCACGCACAGCGACCUCCGGCCGUACAUGUGCCCCUACUGCCAGAAGACCUUCAAGUCGUCGCCCAACUGCCGCAAGCACAUGAAGACACACAGGUAUGAGCUGGUCCAGCAACUCCAGCAGCAGCCCACAGACGACCCCAUGGGCGGGACCACCGUGUCACAUGACAUGCAGGUGGAGAUCGAGGCCGAUGCCCUCCAGGCCCAGGCCCCUCCCUCCGCGGGCGGCGAGCAGGAGGGCAUGCUGGGGCUGGGCCAGGGGGCGGGCGGUGGACAGCAGGUGGCGCUGGAGACCCAGCUGAGCGACCAGGGAGAGGACACCUUUGUUACAACUCAACAUGUGAUGCCUCAGACCAUUAGCCAGUUUGAGACGCAGUCUCUACCUCAGCCUGCCUUUGACCAGCAAGCUCUUUCACAAGGUUUCACCAUUACAGAAAGUUAUGCCCAGCCCCAGUUCACCACCGUCCAACAACUCCAGGACUCCAGCACUCUGGAGUCCCAGGCCCUGUCCUCCAGCUACCCCCCCCAGAACCUGCUCCACGUCCCCAGCUCCGAGGUGGCCAGAGGCCUCCUCCAGGACCCCCCCGAGGCUGAUGUGCAGCUCAGCGGCCAGAUUCAGGACUACCAGGACGACAGCGAGGAGAACGGCAAACGGGCCUACAGGUGCAACUGGUGCAGCAAAGCCUUCAAGAAGUCGAGCCACCUGAAGCAGCACAUCCGCUCGCACACGGGAGAGAAGCCCUUCAGGUGCAACCUGUGUGGCCGGGCCUUCGUGUCGGCAGGGGUGCUCAAGUCCCACCUCAACACGCACACGGGGGUGAAGGCCUUCCGGUGCAACGUGUGCGGCGCCUCGUUCACCACCAACGGCAGUCUGAACCGUCACAUGAUCAUCCACAUGAAGCCCUACAAGUGUCCCAUGUGCGACGAGAGCUUCCGGAGCAGCCUGCUCUGUCGCAAGCACCUGAAGAAGGCGCACGCGCUGGAGGACAGAGGCCUGGAGGAGGAGGAUGUGGAGGAGGAGGAGGAGGAGCGCGACCCCAUGGCCACCAAGAGGAGCCGUGCCGACAUCAUCACCUUCACGGAGGAGCAGGCGGCCGAGCUGGCCAAGACCAGCCCCGGGGAGGAGGCGUCCGUCUCUGAGAAGGUGCUGGCCCAGUCUGCGGCGGAGAGGGACCGCAUCAGUGAGAUCAAGGACAAGGCCGUGGAGCUGGACACGGAGCCCAAGUUCGCCAACUGCUGCAACUUCUGUCCCAAGAGCUUCAAGAAACCCAGUGACCUCGUCAGGCACAUCCGUAUCCACACAGGAGAGAGGCCGUUCAGGUGCGAUGAGUGUGGCAAGACCUUCACAGUCAAGUCCACCCUGGACUGUCACGUAAAGACCCACACAGGUCAGAAGCUCUUCAACUGCCACAUGUGCAACACCUCCUUCUCCACCAAGGGCAGCCUGAAGGUCCACAUGCGCCUGCACACCGGCUCCAAGCCCUUCAAGUGCCCCUACUGCGAGCUGCGCUUCCGCACCUCGGGCCACCGCAAGACCCACAUCCAGUGCCACUCCAGGCCCAGCUCGGAGGGCCGCAAGGCCAAGCGGGCAGCCUCGGCCCGGGCCCAGCAGAGCCAGCAGGCCGCGGAGCAGGACCAGGCCUCGGCCCAGCAGGUCCAGGCGGGCGCGGAGGGGCUGCACCUGCUCCAGACCAGCUCGUCUGACCCCAACCUCUACCUCCCGGCCAACCAGGUCCUCACGGGCCAGUUCGACCAGAGCCUGCUGCAGCAGGGCCUGGUUGGACAAGCUAUCCUGCCUGCCUCCAUGUCAGGGGGUGACCUGACCGUGUCUCUGUCGGAGGGCCUGGCCACCCUAGAGGGGAUCCACCUGCAGCUGACCUCAGCUAACCUGGUGUGCCCCAACGUCCAGAUCUCUGGGAUCGACACCAGCAACAUCAACAACAUCACCUUGCAGAUCGAUCCGGCCAUCCUCCAGCAGACCCUCCAGCAGGGCGGCCUCCUCUCUCACUCCCUGACCUCUGACCCCGGCCUGACCUCGCACCUGGCGUCCGGCGACCCCGGGGGGCUGCCCGCCAACGUGGUGCUCCAGCCCCUCACCAGCCUGGCGCUGCAGCCCUCCAGCAUGGCCGCCUCCGGCACCAGCAUGGGGGGCCUGGGAGAGCCAGACGGCUCAGGUUCCCAGGAGCUGGGUCAUGUGAUGAGCUCGGGGCUGGUGCCGGGUGGAGCCGGGGGCCAUGAGAUCACCCUGACCAUCAACAACUCCAGCCUGACUCAGGCUCUGGCCCAAGCCCAGGCAGCCGGGGUCAGCGCCGGAGCAGGGAACCCUCAGGAAAUCACCCUCACCAUCUCGGGUCAGGACCUGCUGUCACAGCCCAGCGCCUCCGCUGGAGGGGAGAUGAACGGUGGCAUCAGACUGUCAUCGCCCCUCGUAACCCAGACGGCCAACGCCACUCUGACCCUCAACAACGACCACCUCCUACCUCAUAGUACCUCCAACGCUGGCAUGACUGUCACCAGCCUGCCGUCCAGCACCGCCCUAUCACAGACUGCCGUGUCACAGAGCCUGGUGAUGUCAUCAGGGAGCGUGGUGGAUGGAAGCGUGACCCUCACCCUGGCCGACACGCAGGGCAUGCUCGAUGCUGUCACCCUGAACUUGAACGCACAGGGUCAACAGUUUCCUGCAGUGCUGAACGAGUCUGGUCUCUCGGGGCAACCAGCAGGCUCCACACAGCAGGUCAUCCUCGUUAGCCACACCCCCAACGGCCCUGAUCGAUCAUCCGACAACGGCUUCAGACUGGCCGAGGCGGCCCAGGUGUGUGUGAAGGCGUCGGAGGCGGAGCCUCCCAAACAGAACCAGUGUUUCUACUGUGACCAGGUGUGCCAGAGCGCCAACACGCUGAGACGGCACUGCCGGCAGGCCCACGGCAAGGAGCGCUGCCACGUCUGCCGGGCCUGCGGCAAGGCCUUCAAGAGAGCCACACACCUCAAGGAACACGAGCGCGUGCACAAGCGAGGCCCCUCCCCCAGCUCCCGCAGGCCGCGCCACUUCAACUGCACCGUCUGCGUCAAGGCCUUCACCAAACCCAGCCAGCUGGAGAGACACAACCGCAUACACACAGGAGAGCGUCCUUUCAAGUGUGAGCAGUGCGACAAGGCGUUCAACCAGAAAAGCUGCCUGCAGGUGCACAUGGUGAAGCACACGGGAGAGAAGCCCUUCAAGUGUGAGGUCUGCAGCAUCGGCUUCACACAGAAGAGCAACAUGAAGUUACACAUGAAGAGGCUGCAUGACUAUGCCCCAGCUCAGAUCCAAGUCUCACUGGAGACGGAGGAAGUGGAGGAGGUGGAGGUGACCCCGGAGCUCCACCUGGAGGAGGUUGUCCAGGAGUCGUCCGGAGACUGGCAGUGCAGCAUGCCCGGCGUCUUUCCCUAGUCGCCGUCUGAAGCGACUCACACGCCACCGAGGCAUCAUGGGUCAUGUAGUCCACAUAACCUAGCCCCCUAGCCACUGUUAGUUGCAUGCUUUUGUGAACAAACUGCACUUUUUCUGAACGUGUCCUUCCCAGGCUGACAAAGGUUUUUGCGUCGGAAACAGACAAAACAAUUGUGCUAUUUGUGUCUUUCUGUUUCAAAAAAGGUCAACAUAGAUUAGCCUAAAACCCGGGAAGAAUAUGCAAUGUCUUCGUUUUUUCUUCUCAGGCUUUAAACUUUUGGGACUGUUAUAUUAGUUCCCUUCGUUCUGGUUCUAAGGCAACCCUCAUCCAAAAUAUCAGAGAGGACAGAACUCUGAGGAAAGUGAGCUUUCAGAUAUUUUGGCCCUCGUGUGUGGCCGUCUACUCUCAUGUUCGUCCCGUGCCAGCCUCCAAAACCAGGAACAGGCUUUGUCCAAACGCCGCGCUUUUGUGCAGUUUACUGAGGGAAAAAAAGUUUUCUUCUCUCCUUUUCAUGACAUUAUAUUUUUGUAUGUUUAUACUCUACAGUUUUUGUAAAAGGCAAGCUAAAUCUACUUUUUCCCCAUAUGUUUUGUUUUGUCGAACGUUCUUUUGCCAUGUAAAAUAGAAGGUGGCCUUGAAUGGGUCUAAGUGCUAACAAGGGGAGCUUAAAUGUUCCCCUCCAAGUAAAGGUGCUCCUCUUCGUCUCUGUAUGAGAACCCCGAUAAAAACACUUUGUAGAACAUUUUGCAGGUUCUAACCAGAACCUGUGUUUGACAAAAUGAUGUAGAGUAGACCUUGUGAAACCACUAUAGACGUCUUCUGUGUAACAUCUUCGGCUGAACCAUGACCACUCUGACCAUGAGUGGCAUGAGGCUGACAGAAUUCAUGCACAGCCCUUUUUUAUACAAUAUUUUAUUUUGUAAAUAGUGUACGAUAGAUGCCUAUUUUCUGAUGGUAAGGGUGAACAAGCUCUUUGUCCAGCUAUGCCAGUGUACAAAGACUAUAAGCUGUUGAGAUUUAGUCAGGCGAGAAUGUAUUUUUUAAUGUUCAGAAAAUGUUUAAUAAAACAAAUUUUCUACUUC